UCUCAACUUCGCGAUUAGCGAUGCAGUGGCGCGUUUCGUCAGCUACAACACAGACCGUGAUUUCUAGAAGCUUAUUUAAAUAGCUUACGUUAUGGCCUCCUUACCUUACAGUCUCGGAGAUGGUUGAGCUAUUGAGGCCUCUCGGUUUUUAAUUCUUAACCUUCUAAAUCAUAUCGAGUUUUCGAUUCCAUCUUCCCGACUCUUCCGCAUACUUUCAACGGAUUUCAUUAUACAAAAUGGACGAGAUUGAUCCUCUAGUUCACUCAUAUUCCCAUUUAAGGGAUUUUCCUCGUGAGAAGGAUGCUUUGCAUACUCUGAAGAAAGUAGCAUCCUUGGUGAAGCCUAUCAUGAGAGCGAGGGGAUGGACGGUUGGCCAACUGACCGAGUUCUACCCAGAUGAACACAACCUCCUGGGCUUAAAUGUAGAUGGUGGACGAAAGGUUUGUCUUCGACUUCGAUAUGCCAACGAUCGCAACCAGUUUCUCCCUAUCGAGCAAGUGGUUGAUACAAUGCUUCACGAGCUUGCACAUAACGUUCAUGGUCCGCAUAACGCCCAAUUCCAUGCAUUAUGGAACCAGCUACGGGACGAGCACGAGGCGCUCGUAAUGAAAGGAUAUAGCGGCGAGGGAUUUUUAUCGGCAGGUCAACGACUCGGCGGAAGGAGGAUACCUCCAGAGGAAGCUCGUAGACUGGCUCGAGUAGCUGCUGCAAAUCGCCGUACUGUCAACGCUGCAUCGGGACAAAAGCUGGGCGGAGUUGGUCCUCGACCGGGGCAGGAUAUCAGGGGAGUUAUUGUCGAUGCGAUCGAACGUCGUAAUAACACGCUUCAAGGCUGCGCGAACGACAACCAAACUCGAGACGAGAUUCGGAGGAUCGCUGACACGGCUACUAGAAAUGGGUUCAGGACGCAGGCUGAAGAGGAUGCGGCAAACGAGGCGGCGAUAGCCCAAGCAUUGUGGGAGCUUGUAGACGAGGAGGAAAGGGCACAGCAAGGCGACAGCUACAUUCCACCUAGUUCUAGUAGACAAACUUGGACCAAUGGCGGCGCUUCCGAGGCACCAAGAGUUCCUCCUCGCGAAGCUGAUCGCAACGUGGACAAAAGAGCUGAAAGGCUUACCUGGACGUGUGAUAUUUGUACCCUUGAGAACCAAGCUAGUUUCUUGUGUUGCGAUGCCUGUGGUACUGAACGGGACGAGAAGAUUACCCAGAGUCUCGCACAAAGAUCGACGAAUCAACAACGAACGGUUAUUGACCUUACCGAGUCCCCGCCACCAAGAAAUCGGAAUACACAAACACAUCCCUUUAGACCAGGUUCAGGUUCGAGUUCAAGGCCAACCGCGAGAACGGUUAUGCCGCCGUCCCAAUUUACGAUUCCUGCAAAACCGGCGACUUGGACAUGUCCAUUCUGUGGGCGAGUUAGAGAACGGCAGUGGUGGUCUUGCGACAUGUGUGGAAGUAUCAAGCGAACAUCGUGAUAGAGCUGUGAUAGAGCACCCGACAAGAGAUUAUGACCUUCAUAGAAUUUCUGAUACUAUUUGGCUAUUUGGCUUGGAAAGACGUGUUUGCUCUAUGAUAAGGAAGAGCCUAGUUUAGUCUAGUUACGUUGCUUUAGGAGGGAGACCGUAGUUAUUCUGAAGAAUGACAUCAUGAGCUUGAUUAAUCUUGUAUUUUCACAUGUUGCACAGCCUCGAUCGGAUGGAGUUAAUUAAUCUGUAGCCUCACGAAGUUUAGAAUAUUCAUCUUCAUCUAAUAAACUUAAUGUAGUUAGUCGAUUGGAUAUAGAAGUGGAGAAGAA